UAAGCUAGAUAGAUAGAUAGAUAGAUACAUACAUACAAUAUAAAUCUGUCAUUAGCUAGUCUCCCAACCAAGACAGACUGAGUAGUAAAAAACAACACUCGAUCGAUCGAGCUCUAUAUGUACUCAUUAGUUAUUGCAUAUAAUUAAUUAUCUAAUUAAUCAUGUAUAAGGUGUUUCUCCUGAUUCUAGUUAUAAUAGUGAGUUGUUCAUCUUCCACCCAGCAGCUGGGAGCCUACUCUCAGACUAUUGUCGAAACCUUACCCGGCUAUCCUGGUAGUCUCCCUUUUAAGCUAGAAACCGGGUACAUUGGAGUCGGAGAUGAUGAAGCAGUGCAACUAUUUUACUUGUUUGUGGAGUCGGAAGGAAACCCAGAUGAAGAUCCACUUAUCAUUUGGCUUGCCGGGGGACCGGGAUGUAGCAAUCUCCAUGCCUUCUUUUUUGAGAUCGGUCCGUUGAAAAUUCAAAAUGGAAAGUAUAUAGAUAAUGUCCCAGCAUUACAACUGGACCCGAAUUCUUGGACUAAGUUGGCGAAUGUUAUAUACUUGGAUGCGCCGACACUAACCGGGUACUCUUACACAACAACUCCAGAAGCUGCUCGAACCAGUGAUACAUUAUCAGCGUCACAAACUACCCAAUUCAUUAGGAAGUUUGUUUCGAAUCAUCAGAAGUUUUUAAAAAAUCCUAUGUAUGUUACCGGAAUUUCUUAUUCAGGGAUUGUUAUUCCAAUCAUUACCGAGAUGUUAUACAAAGGUAAUGAACAAGGAUUGGAGCCUCUUAUAAACAUUAAGGGAUAUAUAGCAGGAAAUCCAUUGACAGAUCACAGUGUUGAUAUAAACUCUAGAUUCGAAUUUGCUUAUCAAAUGUCACUUAUAUCCAAAGCCUUAUUUGAGUCAGUGAACAAGAAUUGCAAUGGAAACUAUGUUGAAGCAUAUGAUCAGAACAUUCUAUGCAAGUCGGAUAUUGAUGAAAUCAACGAUCGUGUUAAACAUAUAAACAUAUCACAAGUUCUAGAGCCCGACUGUGAACGCACAACGAAUUUGCUUAAUAGUGUAAAUCCGACCACGAGAAGAAGGGGAAAUAUUCAGAGAUCGGCCAUAUGGGAAAAUCCGAUUAAAAUGGUCCCUGCGAAGUCUUCACUCAAUGACACCAUUUGUCAGGUUAACUAUUAUUAUGCAACCCUUUGGGCCAAUAAUAGAAAUGUUAUGAAAGCACUUAACGUACGCAAGGCGAGAAGGAAAGAGCAUAACCUAUGUAACAUGGACAUGUAUUACUACUCUGGUUAUACUUCAUUAUCACUCUAUGACUUCGAUGUCCUCAGUAGUGUCAUCUAUCACCAACAGCUAAGUAUGAGAAAAUGUCGAGCUUUGAUAUUCAGUGGAGAUCAUGACAUGCAAGUUCCACAUAUCGGUACAAGUAACUGGAUAAAUUCUCUUAACUUGGAGAUAACUACUAGUAAUUGGGAUGCAUGGUAUUCUAAUGAUCAAGUUGCUGGAUUUAAAACCACCUAUGCCUACAAUAACUAUUCAUUAGACUUCGCAACUGUGAAGGGAGGAGGUCACACAGUUCCAGAAUUUAAGCCCAAAGAAUGCUUUGAUAUGGUGAAGAGGUGGUUUGCUCAUAAACCAAUCUAAGCAUACAGCUUUGUAUGCAUCAUAUAGUAUAUUAUUGGAAAUGUUCUGUUAAUUUGUAAUAAAACAUGCUCAAAUGAGCCUGGUUUGGGAUGACUUUCACAACGUAUCAUUUGACUAUAUACAUAUAUACACACACUAGAUUAGAACUUGAAUGAUGCACGGAUAGAUAAGAAUCUUUCAAAUUCUUGAAGUCUAUAAAUAAGAACAAAACGUUUAUUAAAA